GUUGUCAAAAAUUUCAUUAUUGAAAUUGCGUUUUCGACGUCUUAAUCUGAUUUCUGUAAAGAUUCGUUGUACGUUUACUAAAUUUGCUAGUUCAGACGCUAUAACUAACAAUUUUUGAUACUCUUUGUCACUUCUCAGUUUUUUUUAGAUUAUAUUUGCAACCUGUUCAAUUGUUUUAACUGCUGCACAAACCGUGCACUUUAGGCUUUGUAGUAGAAGAUUUACUCUGUUAACAUCAAAAGUAUAUUAUACCAAAUUAUUGUAAUGCAUAUGAACUGAUAAUUAAACUUCUCUAAUAUAUUGCUUACAUCUACUUUAGUAUUAUUUCCAAGAGAACCCAGCAAAGACGUGUGUUCUACAAUACCAAAAAGUGACGGGACAAAAAUCUAACGAGCCUGAUCGCAUUAAUGUUAAAUUUUUUUUAAUGUUAAAUUAGUAGUAGAUGAAAUUCAAUAAAAUGUUCUUCCACCAAAUAUGUAUUCUUUGAUUCGGUGUUAACAAAUCUAAUUAUUAUGUAAGUUGUUCUUUGUGGCUGAUAUCGGGACUUGUUUCCACGAUUACAGAAUAAAAUUCGGCUUUUUUGCCAUUUCUGUAAUUAUCUUUUUAGUCAUUUGUGCCAAUAAACCUACUAAUUCAUUUUGUAUGUCUUUACUAAGAUAAUGAACCUGUGUCUCUUUAGACGUUAUACGUCGAAGAUGUUCUUUAAGGAUUGGAUCCUAUAAACCUAGACAUUCAAUAAAUUUCAAAAACACUCCGUUAUUUUUUUUAAAGAGUACAUCAGAUUUUCCUCUAAAUGGCAAAUUUUAUUUAGUUAGUGUAAGAAUAACUUCUGAUAGUCGUGAUUAAUAUCAGUUUUUUUAUGCCUGACAGGAACGUGGUUUCGGCAGCCCCUAAUUUUGGCCGCUAUAGGCGGCUGCCUGCUUUGAAUGUACGUAGCGCCGCCACUGAUUAUAUUAUUUAACUUUAUGUUUAUUUAACUAUUAAUAUUUGGCUAUAUACUAGCGGCUAGGCUUCCCUAAUUUUUGCCUCCGAGCCUGUCUAUCCAUGGUCUCCCUCCAUCAUUUUCUGGACAAAGCAUACUUCUGGACAGGUACACCAAGGAUUGCUCUCGUCCUCCCAUCUUGCUCUUGAUCUUCCCCUAAGUCUCGCUCCUUGCAUUCUCUUGUUAAGUAGUUGCUUCUGUAUUUAUUCCUCCUUCAUCCUGACCACAUGUUUUGUCUAUUGCAAUCUUUACAUCUUGAUGUACCCUGAGUGCAUUGUCUCCUUGUAGUAGCUGUAUAGUUCUUGGUUAUUCUCAUGUAUUAUGUCAGCUGUUAUUAGUUAUUAUGCUCAUAUAUCGGUGUUACAAUUCUUCUAAGGAUCUUCCACUCGAAGACAUCUAUGCUGUUUUCACAGUCAUAUGUCAUUAUAGGCAUUAACAUGUUUUUGUAGAUUCGGCAUUUUAUGUUCCUAUAUAAAUAUAUAUUUAGAUUUGAUUAUAUGAGCUAUUGUAUAGAAAACUUUGUUGGCCGCCAGUAUUCUUCGAAAAUAUACCAAUUGCGAGACCACCUCUAUGUCAUCCUCCGUAUCAGCAUCUAAGUCUCGUUAUUACCCAGUUCAUUGACUUUUGAUGAUUUGAUGAUUUUUGAUGCUCGCUCAGACUGGAUAUUAUUACAUAUCAUUGAAUGGUUCAUAUUGCUUAGUAUGAUUUGGUUAUUUAAUCUUAAAUCCUCGUCUACUUAUAGGAACUUACAUUAUGGUUACAUUAAGUUUAAUUGAUUGAAAGAUUGUGAGGUAUGGCAAAAUUUUAUCACUCCCCUUCAUCGAAGUGCAAAGUUCUAAGAUUAAUAAAUUUAGCACAUAGUUAUAACCCUCCGCACUGUUAUUAUUAACAUGUGCAUGGUAUUUGUGUUAAGUCGCAUGUUCUAUUGCGUUUUUCGUGUUCGUUUGUGAUGAUGUUGUGUUUCUGUUCGAAACUUGCUUGUCUAAGACGUGUUUAUGCCCAGUUCUGUCUAGGCGAAAUGUCGUUUUUAAUAAAGAUUGUAAAUUUGCUGCCUUCGGUGAUUUUAUGGGAGGAAGAGUCUUAAUUUGACUGAAGAAUACUAUCAAACCACAUCAACUAUACGUAAUCUUGUGAACCAAAAAAUGUUAGCUAAUCGCAUAUAGUAUAUAUUUUAAACCUAUGUAAUGUUAGUCGAUGUAAUAAUGGUACUACAAGUACUACAACAACAAAGAAUCCAGAAAGUAUUCAAAAUCAAAAAACUACUGAAAGUACUGAAACUACUGUAAGUGAAGGAACUUCAUCAACCACGGAAGCACCUCAAAACUGACGAAGUGGUUGUCAUUCUACGUACUCCCAUAAAGUUAUUGCAACUAUUACAUUGACAACAUAGUAUAACUGCAUAACAAAAGCGAUCAUGACACGAAUUAUUUAUAAAUUUAGAAGAUAUUUAAACAACACAUAGCCAUCAUUGUUGAAGUAUAUAUUUAAAGGCGUUGUUUUAUUUUGCGAAAUUAGUGUAUUCGUAUUUAUUAUAGAAAUAAAAAUGAAAUUUGUUUUCCUCAUUAUUUCUUUAGGCGUUGCCUGCGAAGCUUUUUCAGCCUCCCAUCGUCAUUAUAUUAAGAAACAUCACCAUCAACUUCGUGACGGUGACCCCAUAUCGACUGAAAUUUCUUCUGAUUCUCCCACUGAAACUACAACUCCAAACAUUUACUCUUAUCCACCUAUAUCGGAACCCGGAUCCGCUAUUGCAUGUCCUUGUGGAGUUAUUUGUCCAAAUGAAACAACUGAAACGACUGAAGCAAUUGAUACGAUUCCAACAGAAUCUUCUCAGAAUAAACGACAUAUGUUUCAUAAUAAAAAGAUUUUUAAUGCUCCUAAUAAAAAACAUCACGCUGUUAGAAAUGGUAAAGAUAUAAACAAAAGGUAUAUUCCACAUUAUUGUCCUUGCCGUCCAUGUCCUGAAUCAUCUACAACAGAACAACCAGAUGUAUCAACAAUUUCACAAGAACCAACAGUGGUAAAUCCUGGACCAAGUGAUAAAAAACAUCAUAAACAUCAUUGAAUUGUUAUUGAUUUAUUGUAUUAAAUCUUCAAAAUAAAGAUUAAAGAUUUUCUCAGCCGCAA